AUGUGCUCUCCUGAUAUCUUCUUGGGCCUGAUCGCCAUCCUAUUCCCUCCUCUCGCAGUCUGGGUCAAAUGCGGCAUCUGCUCCGCUGACUCCCUCAUCAACAUCUGUCUCUGUAUGCUAGGCUACAUCCCCGGUCUUCUCCACGCCUGGUACAUCAUCGCGAAGUUCCCUGAGCACGACUACGACGCUCUCCAGGACGCGGAGACCGGCCGUGUAACAUACGUGAUCGUGCAGAACUCAAAUGGUACUCAGCGUCGUGUGCCUCAGAACUCGGUACCAUCGAAUCAGGGUUAUGGGAGCACUGCCCCGAUUGCUCCUCCGGUUCAUCAGGGUGCGAACGGGGCAUGGAGUAACAACGCGGCCGAGGGAAGCAGUGGCGGUGCUGUUCCACCGAGCUAUGCUGAUGCUGUGAAGGGUGAUAAUAAGGUACAGACCCCUUAA